AUGCUUGAGCGCAACUGCUCCGGCAAGAAAAACAAGGCUCGAAGCCCUUCUGCCAGUUCUGAAAUUGAGGUCGAGGAGGUGCUUCCCCCUUCCAAAAAGGCGAAGCGUACCCGAUCCUCAAAGAACAUCAAAGUCACCACUACCGAGCCAGAGUCGGUGACUGAGGCUGAAGCAGCGGCUGAUCCUCGCGCCAACGAGGAAGAGACCAAAGAUGACAAUUCUGGAGAGUCCGAAGUCGAUCAACUUCGCUCAUCUCCGCCAGUCAUAAGUCCUUAUUCCUCUGUCCCUCUCAAUCGCUUCUAA